UACAGGUUACCAGUUGCCUCCUCCACCAACAUUUCCUCAUGGGCAGACCAGCUUUAUAAUCCCUCAACAUCAACAACCCCCACCACCCCAACAUCAACAACCCCAACCCCAACCCCAACAGGGUGCUGAUGAUGAUGAUGAGGAGAUGGCAGAUUAUCCGCAAGAUGAACAAGAGCGUUACAUCAUUGUGCCUAGCGGGAACUCUUUCAUGCCCUGCAAGCCAGCCGCCAGUGCCAUUAGAGACAUCAUCCAGGGAAGGUUUCAUGGAUUUUGGAAGACUUAUGGUGAUAUCCCAGAUGAUGAAAAGGAUGCAUGGUUUGGUCUUUUUGAGAUGAAGUGUACCUGGAACCCCAGGUACUAUGCUCAGAUAAGGAGGAACUUUCACAUUAGAGCUUCUGCCCGCCUCUCCGACAUGUUGCGACAUGUCCGACUUCGUCACGAGACUGCUGGAAAGAGGCCCUACUGGAUCGGGGAGCCACUUAUGAGGCAGUUGGUGGACUAUUGGGGGAGUCCAGAGUUUAAGGCGAAAUCAGAGAAGGCAAAGAAGAACAGAGCAUCAGAGAAAGGGGGAUGCAUCCACACGGGAGGCUGCAUAAGCACAGCAGAGCAUGCCGUCGACUGGUAA